AAAGGUCACCCUUAUGGUUAAGUCCCACAGUCAUGCCCAGGGCAAGUAAGUACUUCAGAUAGACUGUGCGCUUGGAACUCAUUGAGUGGGACCUGAGGGGGCCCCUACCUGGAAAUGAGGUACCUACGGAAAAAGUCUGAGGAAGCUCUGGAUCCUGAGGUUUGAGAGUACAGUCUUAGAGCUGAGUAUCAGCCCAGACUUCUGACCGAAUGUUGCAACAUGAAGAUGUGUCAGCUGUUUACACCAGCCUGGAAAACAGCACGUCCAGCAACCCUGGUGAUCUUGUAAGAGGAAGGAACAUGAAGUUCCCUUGGAGAUCAUUCAAGAGGACGAUGGAGGGAGGCAUUUAGAGUAAACCGAGUUAAAAACCACAGGCUGCCACCCUGGGGCCUGAGGGCUGGCAGUGGAAACGCCUGCUGGGCUGUGACCUCUCACUGAAAAGUCCCAAGUGCCUUUUUGCUUCCUGCAAAAGGAAGGAAGCCAAGGAAGAGACCAUGUCCAUAGCCCUGAAGCAAGUGUUCAACAAGGACAAGACCUUCCGGCCCAAGAGGAAGUUCGAACCCGGCACACAGAGAUUCGAGCUGCACAAACGGGCUCAGGCAUCGCUCAACUCGGGUGUGGACCUGAGGGCAGCUGUACAGUUACCGAGCGGGGAGGACCAGAACGACUGGGUGGCUGUGCACGUGGUGGACUUCUUCAAUCGCAUCAACCUCAUUUACGGCACGAUCUGUGAGUUCUGCACUGAGCGGACCUGCCCUGUGAUGUCGGGGGGCCCCAAAUACGAGUAUCGGUGGCAGGAUGACCUCAAGUAUAAGAAGCCAACCGCACUGCCCGCUCCCCAGUACAUGAACCUGCUUAUGGAUUGGAUUGAAGUCCAGAUAAACAAUGAGGACAUAUUUCCAACAUGUGUCGGCGUUCCCUUCCCAAAGAACUUCCUCCAGAUCUGCAAGAAGAUCCUGUGCCGUCUUUUUCGGGUGUUCGUCCACGUCUACAUCCACCACUUUGACCGCGUCAUUGUGAUGGGUGCAGAGGCUCACGUCAAUACCUGCUACAAACACUUCUAUUACUUCGUCACAGAGAUGAACCUCAUAGACCGCAAGGAGCUGGAGCCCUUGAAAGAGAUGACAACCAGGAUGUGUCACUAACACUCCACCCCAUCUUCUGGAAGGAAGGAACACUGUUUCUCCCAGGAGUCCCCAUGGGACAGAAAGUGGUCCUCUGUGACUGAAAUGAUCCCGGAGCAGGAAAGCUGCAGCCCCACAAGGACUUCUGAAAGACGUUCCUUACCCACUUCACGUGCUCUUAACCCUCUAAGUGCUGCUAGCCAGGACCUGUGGGCCAUAUAGACCACAGCAUGAAGGACCAGCCUUAACCCCUUGGGCCAAGGGCAGUGCAGGAGAGGUUGCUGCACGUCCGCCCACAUCACACUUCUGCCCGUGACCGGUCCUCUAGGCUUUACUGGAAUUCAGGUUUUGAGACUGAGGGGUUUUGUUGUGGUGGUUCUUUUCCAUUUAUGUCUUGUCAGACUUCUGGACUAACUUCUCUGUCACUUAUUUUUCUAAGUUCUAGGCAAACGCGGGGCUACCAUAUAGACAGUACAUUUUCCUGUCCCAUCUCUCCUCGACUCCCUGCAGGCUCCAUAACCUUAUAUGGAGCUUGGAGCUGGGGAAAGCCCACAGUUCUUCUGGUAGCAUCCAUGCCAUUUCCCUCAUGGGCAGUUUCACCAGAAACCACUGACUCGAUGGGUAACAUGAUCUGUGUCCCCGGACAGGCCAUUCACGUGCUAACCUUUGGGAAGAGUCUGGUGACUGGAAAUAAAGCUGGUGUGUUAUCAAUUUA